AAAAAAGUCGAGUAAGGACAUAUACGUAAAUGUGGACAUACAUAAGAAGGAGAGAGCGAUCCAAUUGGCAAUUGCGGAGAGGUGUUUUUCUUGUUUAGUAAGCUAUCUUUUGGUGAAGCCCCCAUAGGAGAAAAGAAGAACAAGUGAGAGAAAUGGCAGAGGAAGGGCAAGUCUUUAGCGUUCACACUGUUGAUGAAUGGAACGAGCAUCUCCAAAAGGGAAUUGAUAACAAAAAACUGAUGGUUGUGGACUUCACUGCUUCUUGGUGUGGUCCCUGUAAGUUCAUUGCCCCAUUCCUUGCAGAGUUGGCCAAGAAGAUACCCAAUGUUACCUUCCUGAAAGUGGAUGUGGAUGAAUUGAAGUCAGUAGCUACUGAUUGGGCUGUGGAGGCAAUGCCAACCUUCAUGUUCAUCAAGGAGGGGAACAUUGUUGAUAAGGUGGUAGGAGCCAAAAAAGAUGAGCUGCAGCAGACCAUUGCCAAGCACAUCAGUAGUAGCUCCUCAUCAGCCUAAUGUGCUCUACUCUUAUAUUAUAUUGCACUUGGCUUAGUGGCAUCCAUCUUAACAUGAGCAAGAAUUAAUUUAAUUUCCGUUGGAUAUUGCAAGUUCUUACUAUAAAUCAAAUAUUAAUCUGUAGUUUAUGUUGUUCUGUAUUGAAUGAAACGUGAGUUCUUGCGUUGAAUGAUAAACGUGUUCGUUCAUUAGGCUAUUUCAAGGAGUGUAUUCCAUUUGAAUUA